GAUAAGUUCCGGUCGAAAGGUGUGAAAGUUGUUUACAUUUUGGCAUUCAAUACUAUUCCAGUUUUACAGGUGUUAUCUUAAAAUAAAAACAACAUAAGAAUUGCAUUGAUAAAUGCGUAAACUACACAGUUAUGGACCUGUGCACAGUGAAACAUUCCUUCUCGGAACUAAUAAAAGUAAUGAACCCAUGGACACAGAGUCACUUUGUGAUGUGGCUGGACAUAAAAGUUGCUGAGUACAAAGUCUACGGCAAAAUGGUGCUAGACAACAAAUCUGUGACAACUCCAGAAUGGCUAAGAAAUAAGAAUUUAGGCAUGGAUUUUGAUACAGAAGCUGCCAGUGGUCAAACAUCAAAGGAUCAGACUCCAGUUGAUGAUAUUUCACGGAGUUCUAGCUAUAGGGAGCAACAGCGAUACAGCUCCACUCCACAGCAUGGGAAAGACAACAACAAAAAUGCCAGUAGGGUUGGUUCUAAUGUUAACGAGGUAGAGCGAACCAGAAGAGAAACAAAUGUGGUUGAUUUGUCAAAGUAUUCUGACUCACAGACAUAUCAAUCCCGUACGCCAUCUUCUGAGGGGUCCUAUCUCCAAAGACAAACUGUUUCCUCUGUGGACAAGACUUCACAAGGAUCUAUGUCAUCUGUGCUAUCUGUCAGUGGUGGACGAUCAUUGGAAGAUUCUCGAGUUUCUUUAGGUCGACAGCAUGUUUCACAUUCAGAAUUUGCAAAAGGCUCUGAUCACUAUUUCUCUGGAACAAAACCUCAUUCUCUAUCUUAUACCUCUGAGAGAAACACAUCUGGCAAUAACCAGAGAUCUAACACAGACAGUCGUGCUGGUUCAGAACAUCAGAACAAUGGUCAGGAAUUUUCUAAUAAAAAUACAUCUACUUUUACUAAUCCAUUCCCUGGUACAAAUCUACACCUGACGGAUGAUGAUGUUGUCAGUAGCUUCACAAAGUUAGCCACCGAUAGGAAUUUUGUAACAGAAACCCAUUCUAAAUCACAGUUUGAACAGCAAAAUAUUUCUCCUGAUGUUGAUAUGACUGCAAUUAAAAUAGAAAUUUUGGAUGAAGAUUCUGAAGAGUUUAAUCCGCCUCCGGACAGCCAUACUUACCAGAAGUCUCUGCCAGACUUUGGUAGGACUUUUGCCACAGGUUCCCGCCACUCGUCCUCAUCUAGUGUUUCCAAUAAUCAGAUCACUUCCCAGAAUAUCAUAGGCUCAGAUAUUUCAGCACAAGGUCAAAGUCACUUGUCUAAUUUGAUGACGUUUGGCGACUACCAUACUUCUCUCAGUCAUCCUGUACCUGUAUCUAUGUACAUGUCGACAUCACCAUCAGCCGAACAACAGGUUUCCUUGGUUGCUGCAAGUGAUGACAGCACACAGGAAAGUGGUGAGCAUGGACAAGAAGCUACAGAAAAUACAGAACAAUCAUGGAAACACAAAAAAUGGCAGUACAUUGAGUCUCUGCGAGGGAGCUCCGACAAUCUUAACCCAAAGGUCCAAUCUCGAAUCAUGCAGCGCACCAAAGUUUUCCCCGAUCCUUUUCCUGUGGAGAGACUCAAAUAUGGAAACAAGGCUCGAGAUAUGAUCAACUCUGGGAUCAUCACACGCCCCGCCAAAAUGCAGUUCCUUGAUACAGUAUUCAAUGAAAUUGUCAAGUACACUGGACUGUAUCCAACCCCUACGCAGAAGAUGGAAGUAGCUAAAGCCAUCGUAAGCAGUUUCCCCAAACUCAAUGUACGAUCAAAGGACAGUCACAUAUCUCCUGCGGAUUCCUGGUUUGUUGUUCUUAAUGACAAGUUCCGCAAUGAACGUCGUGGUUUAAACAAUCAGUCCUACCAGAGUCAGCACAUGAGGCAGAGGGCACUGUUAACAGUCCGGAGGGCACAAGCCCACAUGUAUAAUAUGGCCUCCAUGUCAAGGUCAUCCACCACUGGCUUUUCUGGAGUGGCCAAGUCGACGUCACAGCCAGUUAAAGAUGAAAAUGGUGACACGUAACAGUUUAAAGUUUAUACCAGUGGUUAAGAUCAGGGACUUUAUCUGUAUGUGGAUUUAAUUUCGACUGAGACUUUCAGAUUUCCGUUAAUUUAUAAAAAAUGUUACAGGUUUGUUAAGUUACCAGUUAAAAUCAUUGGUUAUAAUCAAAGUAUCAGGCAUACUGUUACCAAAGAUGUCAGCAUGGCACCACAUAUGAAAGAACAUUGACCUGGUUUUCUUGUGUUUAAGACAUAGAAACAUUAAAUCUUUUUAUGUUGCACAGCUAGCAGUCAUUGAGAAACCAAAGGACACAUUGUGUUGUCAUUAGGUAAAUAGAUCUUGUAUUAAAAUGCAUAAUAUAUAUGGAAGUGUAAAAAAAAUAUUUCAAUCAAAAUGCCACUUACGCUAUACAUUAGGCCAUCUUUAAAAAUAUCUUGGUUUGCUGUAACCCGACCAGGGGGUUUUACAUAUGGGUAGGUAGGUAGUGCUGAACUUUUUUUUAUCAGUAUUCAGCAACUUCUGGACAUUAUUAUCCGGAAUGGUCAAGUCAUUAAAAAAAAAAAAAAAACAAUUAUAUUUUUCACAAUAAAAUUUUCAGAGUCUGCAUAUUUUUUCUUGGUCGGGCAGGUUAUGCCAAGUCUUAUACAUCAUGCUUUUUCACCAAGUCUUAAAAAGACACUGUGUAUAUUUCUGGAUAACACUAGAAUACUUAAGUUCCAAAUAGAUCAGUUAAAAGAUGGGAGAGAAGAUUUAUGGACAAACAAAACCUUACUCUGGAUGGUCAUUGUGGGUGGACGUAUAGGCACCACUGGCAGUCUGUUGUUACCAAUGUCAGUACUCCAGUAACACUUCUGUAGGGAUUUUGAUAAAAGCUUUCAGAUCAAAAGUAAACACAAUACAUUGGAUGUGUUUGUUUCUGAAUUUCUAGAUCAAAGUCAAUUUUUCUAUCUACAGAAAAUUAUCAAACCAGACUUCUUUUCUGAAAUAAUUAAAUUUGUCCAUCCCGAUUUCUUUUCUGAAAUAAUUUUAAUCAAACACAUACAGAAUGUGAACACCCGAGAUGAGUUCGUGUCUCAGGGUUCUGAUAUCAAAGUCAUCACUUCUCUUUAUAGUCAAACAAUGACACAAAAUGGAUUAAUGUCUUAAAGAUGUUUUCUAUGUAUAGAUUAGAAAGCUUGAUUAACUUUUUUUUGCUUGUGAUCCCAUACCGUUUCAUGUAUGAACAGUAAAAUCAAAUAUCUUGGUGAGAGGCAACAGUGCUAUCUACUGCGUCAACUCUAGGAAUUCAUUUUAUAAAAACAUUCACAAGGGCAUAUACAUUGUAAAGUUUAUUUCUGUGUACAUUGUAUGGUACAUUUGUGUAGUGUAUAGUUGAUGUAUUUCUCUGUCAUUGUAGUAAUGUAUAACAUGAUAGGACUCUUAUCACUGUUUUAUAUCAUUUUGUCAGGUAACAAUAGAUUUUGAGAUAUUUAUACAAAGCAUAAAAUGAAAUAUUGGUGCAGUUACAAUCAUGAGAAUUUAAAAAAUGAUUCAUGAUGGUAGUAUGUAACAUUUCUAUAAAAGGAUUUGUAAAGAUGUAUAUGUGUAAACAAAUAAACAAAUUCUAAAAUUGACUUUUAGGUGGUUUAUUCUGUUUCUUUGAUAAAUUUCUUCACAGUUCAUCAUUUGUGACAACCUCUCACAUUCUGCAACAAAUAUUUUACACCUACAAAUUUUAAUAAGAAAUGACACAAUUUCUAAACAAAAAUAAUUCAUUCUCAAUGAAUUUGAGGACAAUGUUGUUUUUUGUUUAUUUCAUUCUCUUUUCAUACUUCUACCAACAUUUGUAAAGAUCUCGACCAGAACUGCUAUCACAGCAACACAAAUUCCAAAUCAACACAUCUAGUAAUGACCAGAUGAUUAAAA